AUGGUGGGCGAUUUCAACUCCAGCGUAGGGAAAGCUUCCAUUAGGGGAAAGGCGAUCGGGCAGCACGGAGAAGACAAAGUGAAUGACAACGGAGUGAAGAUGCUCGAAUUCUUGGGAAGCAACGAGCUGAUGGUGUUGAACGGUAGAGGGGAAUAAUGCGAUAAGCCGCAGUUCACCAGGCAACGGGCAGUUUGCAAGGAAACUAGAUCCUCGACUAAAUCCUGGUAGAUGGGGGGAGCACACAGAUCCCAGAUCUGCGUGUUCGACCGACCACUUCCUCAUAUGGGCAAACAUCGACCGAUCUAGAAAGGUAGACGUACGAGCAGUACGGGGACAGCGUGAUUGAAGGGUGGGAGUCCAUGGUGAACACGGCGGCAGACAGAGCAGUGAGAAAGAAGGCGGUACGAUGUGAGGUAUUGUUUAAUCAACAUAGUCUAUUCGCCAUUUGAUUUUCGUCGCAGAGGGGUGUUUUGACUCCGGACCGUGCGAUGACUCCACACCCUGUGCGGAAAUUGAAUUAAAUGCUUUGGUUUCGAUACAAGACGCACGGGAGAUGAUAAUGGCAUAUACGUCCAUGCCAAAUUUUUGACGUGGAGGGGACAAAACUACCCCAUCCCCUGUACCAAAACGCCAUAUUUUGUGCCAUAAAACCACCAAACAAACAAUUGGUUGGCCAGUUAUGGCGGCAUCACUGACAGUUGUAACAAGCACGUACUGAGGCCGACAGACGCGGAAAGGGAGGGCCAGCUCUAUAGGGGAGACUGUCUCUACUACCAAAGCCGAGGAGGACGUGCCAAUCGGCCGUUUGAGAAAACAAGAAAAUCAUUCUGUAUCUCCUGUAUCUUUGGUCUCUUCUUGGUCUGCACCCACGCAUGUCCUGCCUUACAGCACAGCACAGCACAGCUUUGCCUUCCUCUCCGAAGACCAG